AGAGAGAACAAGUCGUCUCUCCUUCUCUGCUUUAUCUUUUUCUAUUUUUCCCUUGGCAGCUUUUUCAUCCACAACUGGUCUUGUUGAACGACAGAGCAUGGAACCACAAACCCUAGAGGCCACCACUCUCAGCACUACAGCCAUAUUCCCACCAUAAAACCCACCAGACUCCAAAAAACGCCGUCGCACGGACUUGAAAGCUCUGAAUUUUCCUCACCAACAGCUCUCUCUUCUCUGCUAAACCCUAUCUUUGCAAAAAUCUCCAAUUUCUUUGACGUUGAAGUCCGGGGCACGUUCUGUGGGGGCGAAAAUGUCGUCUUUGAGCAGAGAAUUGGUGUUUCUGAUUCUCCAAUUUCUCGAGGAAGAGAAGUUCAAGGAGACAGUGCACAAGCUGGAGCAAGAGUCGGGGUUCUUCUUCAACAUGAAGUACUUCGAAGAGCAGGCUUUGGCCGGAGAGUGGGAUGAGGUCGAGAAGUACCUCUCUGGGUUCACCAAAGUCGACGAUAACCGGUACUCCAUGAAGAUCUUCUUCGAGAUCAGAAAGCAGAAGUAUCUCGAAGCUCUUGACAGGCAUGACAGAGCGAAGGCUGUAGAGAUACUAGUGAAGGAUUUGAAAGUUUUUGCUACAUUCAAUGAAGAACUGUACAAAGAAAUUACUCAGCUUUUGACCCUUGAGAACUUCAGGGAAAAUGAGCAGUUGUCGAAGUAUGGUGAUACUAAAUCGGCUCGAAGCAUAAUGCUGGUAGAGCUUAAGAAACUUAUCGAAGCAAAUCCUCUGUAUCGAGAGAAGCUUUCUUUUCCCCCUUUGAAGGCAUCCCGCUUGCGAACUCUUAUCAAUCAAAGCUUAAACUGGCAACACCAGCUUUGCAAGAACCCAAGGCCAAAUCCUGAUAUCAAAACCUUAUUCACAGACCACACAUGUUCUCCUGCAAAUGGGGCGCGUGCACCUACUCCAGUCACUCUUCCAAUUGCAGCUGUUGCAAAGCCUUCAACUUAUGCUCCUCUUGGAGCACAUGGUGGACCUUUUCCACCAACUGCAGUGUCUGCCAAUGCUAAUCCUUUAGCUGGAUGGAUGGCGAAUGCAAAUCCUUCCUCAUCUGUUCAAUCACCUGUUGUUGCUGCUUCAUCAUUACCUCUUCCACCCAAUCAAGUCUCUGUUUUGAAGCAUCCAAGAACAUCUUCAAAUGCUCUUGCAAUGAUGGAUUAUCAAAGCACCGAGCACGAGCAACUAAUGAAACGUCUGCGGUCUGCACCAUCUGGUGAUGAGGUCACAUAUCCUGCUCCUCCCCAACAAGCUUCUGCUUCACCUGAUGAGCUACCAAGAACCGUAGCUUGUACCAUUCAUCAGGGGUCAACUGUGAUAAGCAUGGAUUUUCAUCCUUCUCAUCAGACAUUACUUGCUGUUGGCUGUAGCAAUGGUGAAAUUGCACUAUGGGAAGUUGGGCUGCGAGAGAAGCGGGUAUCGAAGCCAUUCAAGAUAUGCGAUAUGGCUGCUUGUUCUGUGCUAUUUCAGGGUGCUAUUGUCAAAGAUCCAUCAAUAUCUGUCAGCCGUGUAUCAUGGAGUCCUGAUGGAAAUUUGAUUGGGGUUGCAUUUACAAAACAUUUGAUACAUUUGUACGCUUACCAUGGGCCCAAUGAUCUCCGCCAGCAUUUGGAGAUUGAUGCUCACGUUGGCGGUGUGAACGACUUAGCAUUCUCAUACCCGAACAAGCAAUUGUGUGUGGUAACUUGUGGAGAUGAUAAGUUAAUAAAGGUUUGGGAUUUGGCUGGAAGAAAGAUUUUCAACUUUGAAGGUCAUGAAGCACCUGUUUAUUCUAUUUGUCCUCACCACAAAGAAAAUAUUCAGUUUAUAUUUUCAACAGCUGUUGAUGGGAAAAUUAAGGCGUGGUUGUAUGACAAUGUGGGCUCCAGGGUUGACUAUGAUGCUCCUGGACAGUGGUGCACCAGAAUGCUCUACAGUGCUGAUGGAAGCAGAUUAUUCUCUUGUGGGACGAGUAAAGAGGGGGACUCUUUCCUAGUUGAAUGGAAUGAAAGUGAAGGAGCAAUUAAGAGGACAUAUUCUGGGUUUAGAAAGAAAUCUGCUGGUGUUGUGCAAUUUGACACAACACGAAACCACUUUUUGGCUGCUGGUGAGGAGAACCAGAUAAAGUUUUGGGAUAUGGACAAUAUUAAUGUUCUUGGUAGUACAGAUGCUGAUGGUGGGCUUCCAAAUCUUCCUCGCUUGAGAUUCAACAAGGAUGGAACUAUGCUAGUUGUUACUACGGCAGACAAUGGUUUCAAGAUUCUUGCAAAUGCUGAUGGUCUCAGAACCUUGAGAACAAUUGAAACCCGAUCUUAUGAAGCAUCCCGAGCGCCGACUGAGAUGAAGGUAUCUAGCUCUGCGAUGGUUGGAAAUAUCAACCCGGUUAUUACUAAAGUGGAACGCGUAGACAGAAGCUCUCCUGCCAGGCCUACUCCUAUCAUUAAUGGAGUGGAUCCUAUUAGUAGAGGCGUAGAAAGGCAAAGAAGUUUAGAUGAUGUAUCUGAUAAAACCAAACCUUCGGAUCUGGUUGAAAUUGUUGAGCGUGUUCAGUGUCGAGCGGUAACCAUGCCAGAUAGCACAGAUCCAGCUAACAAGGUUGCUCGGCUUCUUUACACAAAUUCUGGUACUGGCAUUCUUGCACUUGGUUCAAAUGGAGUCCAGAAGCUUUGGAAGUGGAGCCGCAGUGAACAAAACCCCAGUGGAAAGGCCACUGCCAGUGUUGUUCCACAACAUUGGCUACCAAGUAGUGGUCUUGUUAUGACUAAUGAUGUCCCAGAGAAUUUGGAAGAAGCAGUUCCCUGUGUAGCUCUCUCAAAGAAUGAUUCCUAUGUAAUGUCUGCCUGUGGUGGAAAAGUUUCAUUGUUCAAUAUGAUGACUUUUAAGGUGAUGACUACUUUUAUGCCACCUCCACCAGCCUCAACUUUUCUUGCCUUUCAUCCUCAAGAUAAUAACAUCAUAGCAAUUGGAAUGGAAGACUCAACCAUUCACAUUUACAAUGUUAGGGUGGAUGAGGUCAAAACAAAACUGAAAGGUCACCAUAAGUGUAUCACUGGUUUAGCUUUUUCCACCAAUCUUAACGUCCUGGUUUCAUCAGGUGCUGAUGCUCAGCUUUGCUUUUGGAGCACUGAAUCUUGGGAGAAGAGGAAAUCAGUUACAAUUCAACUGCCUGCUGGAAAGGCGCCUGUUGGUGACACUAGAGUGCAGUUCCACUCUGAUCAAAUCCGCUUCUUGGUAUGCCAUGAGACGCAGCUAGCAGUGUAUGAUGCUUCCAAGAUGGAACGCAUUCGGCAGUGGGUACCACAAGACGUAUUGUCUGCACCCAUAUCUUGUGCAACGUACUCCUGCAACAGCCAACUAGUUUAUGCUAGUUUCACUGAUAGUAAUAUUGGAGUUUUUGAUGCUGAUAAUCUGAGAUUAAGAUGUCAUAUUUCUCCAUCCGCAUACCUAUACCAGGCCUUGUCAAACAGCCAAACUUUAUACCCGGUGGUUAUUACUGCACACCCUCAGGAGCCAAAUCAGUUGGCUGUUGGACUAACAGAUGGAUCUGUUAAAGUUAUAGAGCCGUCAGACUCCGAGGGGAAGUGGGUAGCCGCAGUGGCCGUUGAUAAUGGAAUACAGACCGCUAACAAUCCUGCUUCCUAGCAGUUCCAAGUAUGAAAAAACAUGUGCAUUACAAAAUCGUAAUUUAUAUUUUUAUUAAUGUAUAAUAUAUAACUAGUAGGGUGGCUAUUCAUGUAAGCCUCACCAAAUGUGAGCAUAGGAAAAUGGGUUAAAGCAAGAUAAGUUCAUGUAUAUUCUGGAAGAAGAGAUCUUUAAUUAUUUCUUGAAAUGUAAGUUAUUUUUCUGCCCC